AUGAGCGAUAUAAUCGAAGCUGCGAACGACAAGACAGCAAGAAGGCGCCUGCACAUCACGCCAUUCAAUUCCGCUUUACUGGAACGAUUCAUCCCGGCCAGUCUGCAACCAUUGGCGAGCGAUAUAUCCUUUCAUAAUGUGGAAACCUUUCCGGAUAAGGGCUUUGGCUACGUUGAGCUCCCUGCUAUAGAAGCCGAAAAGCUCAAGAAGAAAUUGAACGGGAUGACGUUGAAAGGCUCAAAAGUGCGGAUUGAGGAUGCGAAGCCGGAGAAGAAGAAGCGAAAGACAGAUGUUGAGGAGGAUGAGGAUGAUCGCAAGGCGAGGAAGCGAGUGAGGAAGGGGAAGCGAAAGCCUGAGGAAGGCGUGCUAUCUGGCCACGACCUGGAGAGUGGGAGGCAUGUGAAGCGAGGCUGGACGGAGGAUGGUGCCGACACGAAGAGUAAGAAGAAGAAGAGCAGCAAGGAGGAGCGCUCGAAAGCUACCAAAAAGGAUGCAAAGGACAAGAAGAUGCUCUUCAAGACGAGUAUACCACCAAAUGCUAUGCCUGUGAAGGACAAAUCGAAGAAGGAGGGUAAGGAGAAGAAGGAGAAGAGUGAGCGCAAGGCCAAGGUGAAGACAGUCGUGCAGGAGGGCAAGAAGUCGAGCAAGCUCGUGGGUGUGGCUGAUAAGGGCAGAGACGGCAAGCUGCAUUACGUAGAUGAUCAGGGCUGGGUGGACGAGAGUGGAGGGGUUGUGGAGGAAGCGAGGAGGUCAAGUCGACCAAGGCGGGAGAAGAAGAGUACAAAAGCCGCACCACUACCAGUGCAAGAUGUCAUGGCUGUUCGAGGUGACAACAAUAGUGAAAGUACGGGUGACCUGGAUGCAUCAUCCUCUGAGGAGCCGAGUAGCAGUGACGGCGAAGAAGAAAACACGGAAGCCGAAGCCCCAGAAGCAGUGGCAGAAGCAGAAGCAGGCGCCAAGUCUGACCCAGCAGCAGAACCGAAUGAUAUCUCAGGCUCACAAGACGUGGAGGACGAUCCCAGGACGCCACGCACAAGCUCUCCAGCGCAGCCUCAGCAAGCGAUCAAUGGUUUCACUGGAGAAGCGAAAGAAGUCCACCCGCUCGAAGCACUUUUCAAGCGACCAGCUACACGACCCGAAAGUGCCUCGAAGCCAAAGCCAAGUCCUAUUGACACCUCAUUCUCAUUCUUCAAUUCGGGUGCAGAUGAAAAUAUGGACGAAGAUGAUGAAGUAGGUACGACUCACCCACCACAAACACCUCACACGCAACGAGACAUGGAAUGGCGAAGCGUCCGCUCUGCCGCUCCAACACCUGACACUGCCGCUAUCGGCAAGACAUUCAACUUCUCCAUCCCAGAUGAUGAGGAUGAUGAAGACGAUGAGGACGCAGCCGCAACUAUGGGCGAUGUCAUCAUGGCAGAGGAUGAAGCUGGUGAGGGCGCACCUUCUCAUGUGGGCGCACAGGGCGGCGAGAUGGGGGAGAGUGCUUUCAGGAAGUGGUUCUAUGAAAACAGAGGUGAUUUGAAUCGAGGCUGGAAGAAGCGGAGACGGGAUGAGAAGAAGCAGAAGAGGCAGAGGGAGAAUAGGCGGUUGAGUAGGAGGGUGGCAUAG